GGCCGUUAAAACUUUUAAUGGCAGUUGAAGUUAAUUUUAUGUGUAAUAUUUCCGAUUGUCUUUGAACGCAACGCAUGUGACGUACCCAACAGGAAGUGGCCGCAAAAGUUGAGCUGGCCGCUAAAAUUUUCCCCACUGAUAGCUUCCAGCUCAACUGAACUCAGUUACUCCACAUUUCUAUGGCCAAAAAAAUAUGCAUAAAUGUAUAGAUAAACAUUUCGGGUGCGACAUUAAGUAGCUGGGUUGGUGUUUAUAGAGAUGGAGGAUCCGGAAGAUGUGCUGCCACCUGAGGAGUACGUUGUUCACUGGAGCUUUCAGGGUCGUUGCAGUGAAGAGCAGCUUAGUAUCAGCAAAGGAGAGCGACUGCUGGUCCAUGCCAAGGUCUCCCCAGAGUGGUGGUGGGCUGAGCUGCGGGGGGUCUUUGGAUAUGUCCCUGCCAGCUACCUCUACCAGGGAUCCAAUGAAGAUGAGGAGGAGGAGGACCCGUGGCAGGACGAGGAGUACUAUUGCACUUACGGAACACUGAAUCUUCACUUGGAGAUGUUGUCAGACAAGAGCCGCACAGAGGCGUACAGGCGGGUGGUCGUCAACAACAGCGCUUCCCUGCACGGGAAGGUGGUGAUGGACCUCGGCUGCGGGACGGGCAUCGUGAGCCUGUUCUGCGCUCAGCUGGCACGACCGGCAGCGGUGUAUGCCGUGGAGGCGAGCUCGAUGGUGGAGCACACCAGGGAGCUGGUGAAGCAGAACGCCUGCGAGGAGGUGAUCACGGUGCUGCGGGGGCGAGCCGAGGAGAUCCAACUACCUGAGCGGGUGGACGUCCUGGUGUCCGAGUGGAUGGGCAACUGCUUGCUCUUUGAGUUCAUGGUGGAGUCGGUCUUGCUGGCCAGAGACCGUUGGUUACGGGAAGAUGGCACGAUGUGGCCCUCGUCCGCAGCCCUCACCCUGGUGCCGUGCCAAGCCCACAGAUACUACGCCGACAAAAUGGCCUUCUGGGAGAAGCCAUACGGCCUGGACUUUACACCACUUCAGCCCCUCGCACUCCAGGAGUUCUUCGCCAAGCCCAAGUUUAGUCACUUAAUGGAGCCCGGCGACCGCCUCGCCUCUCCUGCCGACGUCAUCUGCUUGGACAUGUACACGCUGCAGGUGGCGGACCUGGAGGAAAUGCAGGGCGAGUUCACGUUUAGCCUGGAAAAGUCUGGAACGUUCCACGGUUUCACCGCCUGGUUCAGCGUUUGCUUCGAGAGCCUGGAGGAGGGCGGCCCGCCGGUGGAUCUGAACACCGGACCUGACGCCGAGCCGACACACUGGAAGCAGACCCUCUUCAUGCUGGACGAGCCCGUCAGCGUGCGUCGCGAGCACCUCAUCCGUGGGACCGUUACUUUGCGCAGGAACCCCGUCUGGAGGCGCCACUUGAUCGUCACCAUUCACUGGGAGAUCAGCGGCCACGCUCAGGAGGAGCCCGCCUGCCAGGCCGGCACUAAGAGCUUCCCUAUGUGGCGCUGAAAGCUUCUCACCAUCCGACGAUUGCGUGCUGAGUUUCUGCGCUUGCAGCCUUCAGUUGUCAUGGAUGACUCCUCAGUGGAAGAAAUCACCCCACCCACGCAGAACU